AGCGCUCGCGCCCGGGGAUAGUAAACGAUCCUCCCGCGCGAGCAAUCAUCAUCACUGGCGGAGUCACACAGAGGCGAGCGGCGACAGUAUCUUUUACAGAGGAGCGGGUUGUUGUAUUAUUCACCGGCUGUGAAUGUGGACUCCUCGAGCCUCGGUUGAUGAUGAGACGGCUGUUGAGCUGAAUAUAGGCGUUUGCUUUUUCGGGUGAUGAAUUAAGAAGGAAAGCUGAACUCUUUUGACCAGUUACCCUGCCCAGUGUGGUAUCGAGCUCCACCAGAAGAACCAUUCCAGGACGCGAUCAUGGAAAAAUACACGCGAAUUUCCUGCGAGCUGUGAAUGAUGGAUAGUUUGAAUGAACAUUGCUAAUGCUUUUAUGUCCUGUUUUACAUGCAGUGGUUUUAUUAUGAAUUGAAGGAAAGCGUAUAAUAGCUUAGGUUAUGUCCAGAUGACAAACUGCAUCUUUUCUGACAGUGAUGCAAAACAUUUAUUACAUGCACAGAGCUUUGAUAAGCUUUUCAAGCGCUGCUGGAUCUAAAACUGUUGCAUUGAGAGCCGACAGAAGAAUAGAAUAUCUUUGUCGUCGAUUUCUGAGAAUCUAAGAAGAGCGGGAACGACAAUUUGGCUGUCCUGACACAAACGACAAUACGGAUACAACAAUGGCAAAUGACUCCAUCCAAAGUGAUCCCGGUGGGUUGUCAGUACUAGAGCAGCUUGGCUUGGACAAUAGCUCAGAUUUCUCCGACUCGACUGUUCAGCAGAGGUUGGAUGAACAGAGAGAGCGAAUCCGUAGGGAAAUCCGGAAGGAGUUGAAGAUUAAAGAGGGGGCAGAGAAUCUCCGCAGAGCUACUACAGAUAAACGAAAUGCGCAGCAGGUGGAGAAUCAGUUGCGGAGCUCCAAUCGUCGUCUGGACUCGCUCCACGCUCAGCUACAAGAGCUGGAUGCUCAUAUCGUUGUCAAAGGGACAGAUGAUUCACAUGAUGAUGCACCUCAGUCUCCGGGAGCAGAGAGCAGAUCAUCCGCACAUAAGGAGAGAAUCGCUGCACUGGAAAGGCAGUUAAACAUCGAACUCAAAGUCAAACAGGGGGCUGAAAAUAUGAUCCCCAUCUACGCUAAUGGCUCCACCAAGGACAAGAAGAUGUUGCAGACAGCUCAGCAGAUGCUACAGGACAGCAAGACAAAGAUUGACAUCAUCCGCAUGCAGAUUCGGAAAGCAGUGCAGGCCUACGAACACAAUGAUGAUACACAGGGAAAGCCUGACCCAUGUGGUUUGGAGCUACGGAUUGAGGAGCUCAGACACCAUUACCGCGUAGAGCACGCCGUCGCUGAGGGAGCAAAAAAUGUCCUUAGACUUCUUGGAGCCAGUAAAGUACAGGACAAGAAGGCCAUGUCAGAGGCUCAGUGUCGUCUGAGCGAGUCGUCUCAGAGGUUGGAUCUGCUGAGAGAUUCAUUAGAUCGGCGGUUAGCAGAACUUCCUGAGGAUCAUCCCAAAGCAUCUGUUAUCAAAGAGGAGCUGGUGUUAGCCUCCUCACCAGCGUUCAGUUCUCGACACGGCGCCCCCUACCUGCACAACCAGUACAGCACCCUCUCCAAACCCUCUCCCCUCACUGGCACUCUUCAGGUCACAUUGCUGGGCUGUAUGGGUGUGAUGGAGGUGGUUCCCGGACGUUCCCGUGGCAGCCAGGUUUUGCUGCCGUGUUACAGUCCGGGAGAAGGGCGGUCCUUUAUGCGAAGUGGAAAAGGCUUGUAUAGUCGCAGCGGCAGUGUUAGCGGAAAAACACCCCCCAAAACAGACGAACUCUCCUCGGAGGUGAGCGCAGUACUGAAGCUGGAUAACACAGUCGUGGGUCAGACGGCAUGGAAGACAGUUGGAGAACAGGGCUGGGAUCAGACCUUCACCAUAGAGCUGGAGAGAUCUAGAGAGAUGGAGAUCACAGUGUACUGGAGAGACUACCGAUCUCUGUGUGCGCUGAAAUUUCUCAAGUUGGAGGAUUUUCUGGACAACCAGAAACACAAAGUACAAGUAGAACUAGAACCACAGGGACUGCUGUUGGCAGAGGUUACCUUCUUUAACCCCGUGAUUGAGAGGGUUCCACGGCUGAAACGGCAGAAGAAAGUUUUCUCCAAACAACAGGGUAAAGCGUUCUUGCGAGCUCGCCAGAUGAAUGUUGAUAUCGGCACGUGGGUGAGGUUACUGAGGAAUGCCAUACCAACCGUCAACAACACAGGAACCUACAGCCUUCACGCACACACAGUACAGACAGGGGAGAUCUCGGUGGAAAAGUUGAGUUUAGACUAUGAUUCGCCAAUGAAGGUGGACGUUCAGCGAGAUGUGAUAGACACAAGCACUCCAGAACGACAAGCGGCCACUGAACCCAUCUCUGGUCCGGACCUCACCACACCUGAACGCCAAAUCAGAACACAUUCACUGAGCAGUAAACAAAAGAAGACUCCUUUGAGCCUGCAGGAUUUCAGACUAAUAGCUGUUCUUGGCAGAGGUCAUUUUGGAAAGGUUCUGUUGGCAGAAUAUAAGAAGUCAGGCAAUAUGUACGCCAUUAAAGCCCUGAAGAAAGGAGACAUUGUGGCCAGAGAUGAAGUAGAAAGUUUGAUGUGUGAAAAGCGCAUUUUCGAGACAGUGAACGGUGCGCAGCACCCCUUCCUCGUGAACCUGUUUGCCUGUUUCCAGACCCCAGAACAUGCGUGUUUUGUCAUGGAGUACACGGCAGGCGGCGACCUUAUGAUGCACAUACACGCAGACGUCUUCACCGAGCCACGAGCUGUGUUCUAUGCUGCUUGUGUAGUUUUAGGGCUUCAAUUUUUACAUGACAACAAGAUUGUGUACCGAGAUCUUAAAUUGGACAACUUGCUGCUUGACACCGAGGGUUAUGUGAAGAUCGCCGACUUUGGAUUGUGUAAAGAAGGGAUGGGUUUUGGGGACCGGACCAGUACGUUCUGUGGGACUCCAGAGUUUCUGGCUCCAGAGGUCCUAACAGACACCUCGUACACACGGGCCGUGGACUGGUGGGGACUCGGAGUGCUUAUAUAUGAAAUGUUGGUGGGAGAGUCCCCAUUUCCAGGUGAUGAUGAAGAGGAGGUUUUUGACAGCAUAGUGAAUGAUGAAGUUCGUUAUCCACGGUUCCUUUCCUCAGAGGCCAUCGGCAUCAUGAGGAGGUUACUAAGAAGAAAUCCAGAAAGACGACUGGGUUCCAGUGAGAAAGAUGCAGAGGAUGUAAAGAAACAGCCUUUCUUCAGGAAUAUGGACUGGGAGGCUCUUCUCCUCCGUAAACUCCCUCCUCCCUUCCUUCCGACUAUCAGAGGAAAAGAAGACAUCAGCAACUUCGACGAGGAGUUCACAACAGAAGCACCGGCCCUCACGCCGCCUCGCGAGCCCCGGGUGCUCUCGCGCAAGGACCAGGACAGUUUCCAUGACUUUGACUAUGUCUCUGACCUCUGCUGAUGAGCGUCUUCACUGUGUUAGUGCAGUAGAGAGACAUUUCUGCUCUGUGACUCAGUGACGACGAGGACAAGAGCGGCCACUUUGAGUGAUUUGCAUGAAUGGUGAAUGUGCUGGACCUGUGAACACUGUGAUGGAAGAAGAAGAAAGCCUGAGAACAGUUCUAAUCGGAUUAAAUGAGACUGCAUUUGAUCUUUUUUUUAUUAUAUUGCACCUCGACCUCUAGACUGACACCUAGUGGUUUGGAUGAAGCAUCACACUAAAGUGUAUAGUUACCGAUGCUAUUAUUGAAAAGCGUUCUUCAGUCAGCCAUGAUUCAGUUAUUCAGCUAACGUGAAAGUGUUUAAUAACAGAUGUGUUAUUGAACUGAGUAACGUUCAGCUGGUCAUGUGAUCUCAACAUGGCCUCUCCCAUCAUGUAAAAUAAAACCGCUUUUAUUAAGUUACUGAUAUGACUAGUAUCUUCAUCUCAUGGUCUCUAUUGAGAAAUAAUAUUUAUUUCUUUAAAUAAAUGUUUUUAAAUUAAACAAAAAAUUGACAGAGUGCACCGUUGAACUUGUUGAAAUUGUUGGUUUGUCUUCAAGUGUCCUAUCUACUUUUGAAGAAUGCUUCUUGUCUUAAUAGAGACAACCUGAAGGUAUGUUUUAAAACUUGAAGCAAAUCAAUAAAGGUCACACAGAAACAUCUCGGUCAACUUUUGUGAAUGAUACACCCAUGAGCAAGGUCAGUGGUUAGGGAGUUAAAACCUCUUUAGACUUGUUCAUUCUGGGUAUUUCUCAUACAUCAAACACUUCAUCUCUUACAAGUUACAUGUGAAAGUCAAGCAUAUUGAAAUAUAGUAGCAGAAAACUUGUGCUCCAUUCAUUAAGUGCACUUUUGUUACCUUUAUGAAAAUGUACAAAAACAAAGAAACCUGUUACAUAAACAAAAUGCCUUAAAAUAUUGUUCUGUCUGCCCUAUUUACUGUUCCUCCUGUUUACGUUUUCACUUCAGUGAGGGAAACCAAUGUCUAGAAUCUUAAAUCUUGAUUGGCUGGUUAUUAAAAUAAGUGGAAAUGUGUUUCACGUUUUAAAUAUGACAACUAGGAAACAUGUAAAUUCAGUCUGUCAGCAUUACUUCAUCACUUUGUGGUUGUUGCAUUUAGUUUUAAAAACAUUUUGAGACUGUUUUUUUUCUGAAUCGCAUGUUUCUUUUUGUAUGCUCAGGCUCAUGUGGGAGAUAUGUCUUGUCUGAAAACUGAAUUCAUGUGAUUUACCUUACAAUAGUAGACUUUGAGAACUCAAAUAUUUGACCUUUUGUAUGGGAAUAUUGUACUGGAGUAUAGGAGAAACAAUGUGUGGAUUAUUUUCACAAGGUCCAAUCAUUUAUUUUGUUUGUCACUGAAAGUACAUCUGCAAACUUUUUUUUCACAUUAGUUGGAUGAUCUGAUAAAUCUGAGCAAAAAGGUAAAACAAACACUUCUUGUUCAAAGACACCAUGGCCUCAAAUAGCAGAUACUUUCUCCAAUUUUAUACAUGGUUUUGAAUAGAUAUCUGUUAAAUAAUAAAUGGUAUUUGUUGUUAA